CUUUCGGAGUCACAAUUUGAUUUACUAUUUACUACUAAUCUUAUGCUCUGAAGAAGUUGAGACAAUGAUUAGUGACGAAGAUCUGUAAGUAAUAUGAUGAAGUUUCUUUGAAACAUGACAAUUUGAUAUAUUUUAAUUUAUUAAGUGUUCCAGGUUUUUGUGCAAAAUCAUUUGGUGUAGAGAAAUUUUAUGACGAAUGUCCUAUGAGAAAUUACGGAAAGCCAAAUAGGUUUUUUUUUUUGGUAAAUUUGGGUCAUAUCUAUCUUGAAAUAUUUACGCCGAUGGUACAUUUUCUGGUUUUGCGCAACAUUCUGAGUAACUUUUGUUGACAUUUACCAACGUCUGUCUCUUUCCGCUUUAUUAAACCUUAAUAUCUUUUUGCGUAAGUAAGCUAGCUAUUUCCAAAGUAUAUAUUUAUGAAAAAAUUAGUAACAGUAAAAACUUAGGAAAAUGCUAACAAAAGUUACUUGGUGUUUUGCGCAAAACUAAAAAACAUACUAAUCUACACAGUGUUCCAGUUGAAUUUCCAAUGUUGUCGUCUAUUUCGAAUUAAACUGGCAACGCUGCGUGUGCAUAAAUAUUUCAUAAACAUGCCAAAUUUGAAAAAAAAAAUUUAGACACUCACUUUUUGAAUCCGAAUCACCCCGUAUUAUUUAAAAAUGACGUUUGUCAAAAUGCCCGCGUUACGAGACAAUGUCAAAGUAUUUUAUAGAAUAUUCCCCACGGAGCAGCAGUCUACGCCUCAUAUUCGACUAGAUAGGGAUUCUAGGAAAAUUUUCGUUCGUAAUUUGCAGGAACUUUCAAAAAAAUUCCUCGAAGAGAAAACCAGCUACUGGGAAUUCGAUAGCGAUGGAUUAUUUGCCAACGUUGAGCAAGACGUAAUUUAUUCCGAGGUGGUAUCCGGUGUUGUGGAGAAUGUUGCGAACGGUUACACAUCCGUCAUUAUUGCUUAUGGUCAGUCCAGCUCUGGCAAAACUUUUACAGUCGGUGGACUUCAUUUUACAGAAGAAGAUUUUGGAAUUUUGCCGAGAGCUGUAAAACACCUAUUUUACAUAAAAAGUCUGCAACCAAAAAAUGCUAAAAUGUCGAUAUACAUCUCUUGUUUGGAAUUUGAUGGUAAAUUUGCAGUCGACCUUUUAAAAGAAGUACCCAAUAUAGUUAACCUUUAUAAAACAAAAGACGCAACUAAAAUCAAAAUUUCCACAGAAUAUGAGGCCCUCAAAUAUAUUUUUAUUGCGGAAGGGAGGAAAACGUUUGCCGAAAAUUGUGAAGGGUACCUGUCGAAUAUUUACACUAGUGUUGUAACUUUUCACGUUACUCUAAAAAAUUCGGAUUUAACGGAUCCUCGAGAACUGAUAUCAAGGUUGCAUAUUAUUGAUUUAGCUGGAAACGAUUAUGCCGCAAACAGGGGCCGUUUCAGUAAAAGAUCAAACCAAAUUGGCGGUGCAAACGUAACAAAAUCCAAUUUGGAACAAUUUGUUAUUUGUCUCCGAGAAAAUACGCAACACUCUGUAAAACUCAAAUAUAGAUCGCAUUGCCUGUUAUAUUACUUAGAUGGGGAUUUAAGUAACAACAAUAUGUUAAGAUUUAUAGGCCACAUUAAAACCUCAAAGCAGGACUUAAAAUUGACAAUCUCCACGCUUCGGUUUGGUAAUUUAGUGAUGGGUUUGAAACCGCAAAGGAAAUACGUCAACAACGGGGAAUUAAAAAUGCAUUAUUUAAAUGAGGCACAUUUAAAUCCAGAAUUACUUAAUGAAGACUUGACGGGUGCUCUGAACGAAGAGAAUAUAUUCCACAUCGACCGAACUAUUGAAGAAUUUUUGAAAAAUAAUAUUAACGAAAUCACUUUAAUGAACGUGGCCGACGCUGCUGUAGCACUUAAAAAAUUACGAGAAUUGUGUCAGCAGUAUGAAAAUGAAAUCAAACAGUUGCGCGAGGCGACAUCAUCACGAUCGGAGGCUUCCUUGAAGCAGGAAAUGCUCCAGCAGGAGCAAGGUUCGCAGAUUGAGUCGGGAACUAAAGUUUCAAGUAAGAAAAUGUCCAGAAAAUCCAAAGGUAGCGCAACUAAUGACCUUCGAUCGUCUGGGAACGCAUCAACCGAUGUCUCAUUUUCCCAAACUCUAAUAAACACAACGCAACAGACACCAUCUCAAGAUAAAAAUAGACCUAGCCUAGAAUCGGUGGGCAAAUAUGAUUCAACAAGCAGUUAUAGGAAUUCGUAUCCAAGUAGUCCUGAAAAAGUCUGUGAUGUUGAAGAUAUGUGGAAGAUCUUUUCCUCACAAUCAAGUUGCUACCGUGAGACGUUGGAAGAGUACAAGAGGAAUGAAACUUACAUUCACGACUCGUAUCGCAUCUUCUUAGAUGAAGUAAAGAAGAUGCAAAAAUUGAAAAGUCAUGUGGAUAAGUGCAUUAUUGAGUUAAUAACUGCUCAAACUUUUAGCAAACGAUGCAACCUAGAUGAAUUUGAUGAGAAUGGUUUUCCUUUUAAAAGUUUUGCUGAACAAACUUGUCAACUACAUGAAGCUCAACAAAGUUUAAUUGUGCAGCAGGAAAGGGUACUGAAGUAUCGAGAAGAUUUUAAGACAUGUGCGGAUAUUCGUCACGGAAUUACUAAAAGAUUGAAGGAGGAGUUUAGUUUGUUUUGUCGGGAACAAUAUGAUAUACCCAAUCCUUCGAUGGACAUAGUCGAAAACGCACUGGAAUCUUACAUAAAUUUUGAUAUGGACCUCGACGGACAUAGAUGUCAGGAAACUGGAAUAAUAAUCCCGCCAAUUUCGGCGAAAGCUGAAAGAAUCAAGCAUUUGCAAUAUUUAUUGCAAAAGGAAAUGCAGAAGAAAGCGUGGGCUGUUUCUCGGAAAAAACGUAUGUGGAAAUCGCAUAUCAUAUUACCUAUAACCAGUGAUAAAAAAUAAAUUGUAUCAAAUAAAUAAUAA